GGAGCCGCCGGGUCUGCCCCAGAGAGAGCCCGGGGUGCAGGCCCCAUAGAUCCCCUCUAGGAGCCCCUAUAGAAGGGCGCAGUCUGGGGGAGAGAGAGACACCCCCCUAUAGCCCCCCUCCCUCGUAGCCCCCUUCCCCUAUAGAUCCCCUCCCUCACAGACCCCCCCUGCCCCACAGGCAUCCCUUGCCCUAUAGACACCCCUUUCCCCUCCAGAGAUCCCCUAUAGACACCCUUCUAUAGACACUUCCUUUCCCCAUAGCGAUCCCCCCUAGACACCACAGCCCGAGCGAGAGCCCUUAUAGAAGAAGGCCCCUAUAGGGAGAAAUCUCCUGUUUGGAAAGACCUUCACGCAUAGACGAGACUCGCCCUGAGAGAUGCCCCUGUAGAGAGCCUUCCCCUAUAGAAGCAUCCUAUAGGGGAGCUUGCCCUACAGGAGGGGAUCCCCUGUCUAGAGAGAAAGACCCCCCUCCCCCUAUAGAAAAGAGAGAGCCCCUUCUGGGAAGACCCCGUCCACAAGAGCCAUCCCCUAUAGACAGACACCUCUCCUGCCCCGGAGAGAGCAGCCUCCCCUAUAGGAUUGAUAGACACCCCCCAUCUGCCCCCUACAGCGCCCCCAGGAUGAAUUACCUGCGGAGACGCCUCUCGGACAGUAACUUUAUGGCCAACCUGCCCAACGGCUACAUGACGGAUCUGCAGCGGCCUCAGCCCCCUCCGGCGCCCCCCGGUGCCCCCUCGCCCGUCCUCUCCCCGGGCAGCGUCUCCCCGGCCGAGCGCCCCCCGGCUGCUCCCAGCCCCGGGGCCGGCGGGGGGGGAGGCGGGUUCUUUUCGUCCCUGUCCAACGCCGUGAAGCAGACGACAGCGGCCGCGGCGGCCACCUUCAGCGAGCAGGUGGGGGGCGGCAGCGCGGGGGGCGCGGGACGCAGCCGGACGCUGCUGGUCAUCGACGAGCCCGGCACCGACUGGGCUAAAUUAUUCAAGGGCAAGAAGCUCCAUGGUGACGUGGAGGUGCGGGUGGAGCAGGCCGAGUUCUCGGAGCUGAAUCUAGUGGCUCAAGCCAACGGGGCCUUUUCGGUGGAUCUCGAGGUUCUGCGCAACGGGGUGAAGGUGGUGAGGACGGUGCACCCUGACUUCGUGCUGGUCCGGCAGCACGCCUACAGCAUGGCCCCGGGGGGCGACCACCGGGGGCUGGUGAUCGGGCUGCAGUACGCCGGGGUGCCCAGCGUCAACUCCCUGCACUCCAUCUACAACUUCUGCGACAAGCCCUGGGUGUUUGCCCAGUUGGUGCGGCUGCGCCGGAAGCUGGGGGCCGAGGAAUUCCCCCUCAUCGAGCAAACCUUCUACCCCAACUACCGGGAGAUGCUGACGUCCCCCAGGUACCCCGUGGUGGUGAAGAUGGGCCACGCCCACUCUGGGAUGGGCAAGGUGAAGGUGGAGAACCAGUACGAUUUCCAGGACAUCGCCAGCGUGGUGGCCCUGACGCGGACGUACGCCACGGCCGAGCCCUUCGUCGACGCCAAGUACGACCUGCGCGUCCAGAAGAUCGGCACCAGCUACAAGGCUUAUAUGAGAACCUCGGUCUCGGGGAACUGGAAAACGAACACGGGCUCGGCCAUGCUGGAGCAAAUCGCCAUGUCCGACAGGUACCGGCUGUGGGUCGACACCUGCUCGGAGAUUUUCGGGGGGCUGGACAUCUGCGCGGUGGAGGCCCUGCACGGCAAGGACGGGCGCGACCACAUCAUUGAGGUCGUCGGCUCCUCCAUGCCGCUGAUCGGGGACCAGCAGGACGAAGACAAGCAGCUGAUUGCGGAGCUGGUCCUGGGGCGCAUGGCGCAGGCUCUGCCCCGAACCCCCACCCCCUCCCCGGUGCGGGGGAGCCCGGCCCAGGCGCAGGGAACCCCGGCAGGGCAGAGACAAGGACCCACGGCGCAGCAACGGCCCCCCCCGCAGGGGGGACCGCAGCCACCGGCCCCACACCCCCAGCGCCCCCCGUCCCAGCAGCGACCCCCCCCACAGGGGCAGCAGCUCUCCGGCCUGGCUCCCCAGCCCGGUGCCCCGACCCUGCAGCAGCGCCUGCCCAGCCCCACCGGCCCCCAGCAGCGCCCCAUGGGCCCCCCCCAGCAGCGCCAGCCGGGCCCCGGCCUCCCACAAGGCCCGCGAGCCCCCCAGCCCGGUGGGGGAGCCCCCCCGGCCCCCCAGCCCCAGCGGGGACCCAGCCCCGGGGCUGGGGGUCAGUCCCCCCAGUCGCAGGCGAAGUCCGGGGGGGGCCCUCCCCAGCCUCAGCAGCCCCCCCAGCAGCGCCCCCCGGGGGCCCAGCAGCGAGCGCCACCCCGGCAGAGCAGCCAGGGGGCGCCCUCCAGCCAGCGGGGCCCCCCCCAACCUCGUCCGGCGCCCCCCACCACGCAGCAGCCACGGCCCAGCGCCCAGGGGGGCAGCCGGCCCCCCCCAGCACACGGGAAACCCCAAGUGGCUCAGAAACCCACCCCGGAGCUGCCGGUGCCCCAGCCCCAGAUGAACAAGUCCCAGUCUCUGACCAGUUCCUUCCCCCUCGCAGAGCCGGCGCGGGGCAGCGCUAGCCCGGAGGAGGCCCGGGCCGAGUCCAUCCGGUCGCUGCGCCAGAGCUUCGCCAGCCUCUUCUCCGAGUGACCCCCCCGGAGCCCCCUCGAGACCCCCCCGGAGCUUCGCCAGCCUCUUCUCCGAGUGACCCCCCGGAGCCCCCCUGAGACCCCCCCGGAGCUUCGCCAGCCUCUUCUCCGAGUGACCCCCCGGAGCCCCCCCGAGACCCCCCCGGAGCUUCGCCAGCCUCUUCUCCGAGUGACCCCCCGGAGCCCCCCCGAGACCCCCCCGGAGCUUCGCCAGCCUCUUCUCCGAGUGACCCCCCCGGAGCCCCCCCGAGACCCCCCCGGAGCCUCGCCAGCCUCUUCUCCGAGUGACCCCCCCGGAGCCCCCCCGAGACCCCCCCGGAGCUUCGCCAGCCUCUUCUCCGAGUGACCCCCCCGGAGCCCCCCCGAGACCCCCCCGGAGCUUCGCCAGCCUCUUCUCCGAGUGACCCCCCCCGGAGCCCCCCCGAGACCCCCCCGGAGCUUCGCCAGCCUCUUCUCCGAGUGACCCCCCCCGGAGCCCCCCCGAGACCCCCCGGAGCCUCGCCAGCCUCUUCUCCGAGUGACCCCCCCGGAGCCCCCCCGAGACCCCCCCGGAGCUUCGCCAGCCUCUUCUCCGAGUGACCCCCCCGGAGCCCCCCCGAGACCCCCCCGGAGCUUCGCCAGCCUCUUCUCCGAGUGACCCCCCCGGAGCCCCCCCGAGACCCCCCCGGAGCCUCGCCAGCCUCUUCUCCGAGUGACCCCCCGGAGCCCCCCGAGACCCCCCCGGAGCUUCGCCAGCCUCUUCUCCGAGUUACCCCCCCGGAGCCCCCCCGAGACCCCCCGGAGCUUCGCCAGCCUCUUCUCCGAGUGACCCCCCCGGAGCCCCCCCGAGACCCCCCCGGAGCUUCGCCAGCCUCUUCUCCGAGUGACCCCCCCGGAGCCCCCCCGAGAGCUUCGCCAGCCUCUUCUCCGAGUGACCCCCCCGGAGCCCCCCUGAGACCCCCCAGGAGCUUCGCCAGCCUCUUCUCCGAGUGACCCCCCCGGAGCCCCCCCCGGAGCUUCGCCAGCCUCUUCUCCGAGUGACCCCCCCGGAGCCCCCCCUGAGCCUCGCCUG